AUGUCUCAGUCAAGUAGCGAGAACGUCGCAACCACCAGCUCCAAGCUCCCAUGGGCUGAACCCGCGUGGCACGGCGCGCUAGAGUCGCCGUAUUACAACGACUCUCACCGGAAAUUGCAAGCGUACGCCCGGAAGUACAUUGACGAGAACAUCAUACCGCAUGCGCUGGAGUGGGAAGCGCGGGGCGACUGCCCCGAGAGCGCGCGGGCAUCCUACCUGAAGUCCGGGCUGUCGCUGCUGGACGUGCCGAUGGAGUACCGGCCGGCCGAGUUCCGGACCGUGGCGGGGAUCCCCGUCGACCGGCUGGACGUGUUCCACCAGCUGAUCCUGACGGACGAGGGCGCGCGCUUCGAGGGCGGCGUCGGCGCGGGGCUGUCGGGCGGCGCCAACGUCAUCGGCCUGCCGCCCGUGAUCCACCACGGCACCGCGGCGCAGAAGCGGCGCUGGCUCCCGGGCCUCUUCACGCGCGACGUCAGCUUCUGCCUCGGCAUCACGGAGCCGUCGGGCGGCAGCGACGUGGGCAGCAUCCGGACGCGGGCGGUGCGCAGCGCCGACGGCCGCUUCUACACCGUGACGGGGACCAAGAAGUGGAUCACGGGCGCGCAGUGGGCCACGCACAUGACGACGGCGGUGCGCACGGGCGGGCCGGGCCCGGGGGGCAUCUCGCUGCUGGUGGUGCCGCUGAAGGGGACGGCGGGCGUGUCGAUCGACAAGAUCGCCAACAGCGGGCAGAACGCAGGCGGGGCGUCGUGGGUGCGGCUGGACGGGGUGCAGGUGCCGGCGGAGAACCUGCUCGGGGCCGAGAACGCCGGCUUCAAGUACGUCAUGACCAACUUCAACAAGGAGCGGUUCGUCAUGGCGGCCGGGUGCAACCGCAAGGCGCGGACGUGCCUGGCGACGGCGCUGGCGUACGCGCACGACCGCGAGACCUUCGGCCGCCCGCUCGCCAGCCACCAGCUCAUCCGCCACAAGCUGGUCACGCUGGCGCGCGAGGUCGAGGCCCAGUGGGCCUGGCUCGAGCAGAUCGCCUACCACGUGCAGGCGCACGGCUGGCAGGACGACUCCAUCGCCGGCCGCAUAGCCCUGGCCAAGGUCACGGGCGGCCGCCUGCUCGAGCUCGCGGCCCGCGAGGCCCAGCAGGUCAUGGGCGGCGUCGCGUACCAGCGGGGCGGGCCAGGCGGCGGCGGUGUAGUCGAGCAGAUCACCCGGGACCUACGCAUGAUGGUCGUCGGAGGCGGCUCUGAGGAGAUAUUGGGAGAAUUGGCAUUUCGGGAGGAGAUCAAGCACGCGAAGAAAAGGGGUCUGAAGUUGUGA